CCUGCUGCUCGAAGCAAGCGCCAGGAGAGCCGCGCGCAGUCGGCUCCGCAAGCUCGGAGCGCGCGCCGCAAGCUCCGCGUGACGAGAGUGCCAGGGCCGUUACGUCGCGCGACAAGAGCUCCGUACGGUUCUCUAGUGCCGGAAGAUGCAGGAACUCGGAGCCCGGCGGAUCUGCGAUCGACGCCUCCUGUGGAUCUGGCUCGAGGGACGGCUGCAGCCGAGGAAGGCCGCCUAGACGCGGACGCGGGUGCAUCGCCAGGGGUGAAGAGUGCUGGAUCAGCCAACCCGGAGAGCAGUAUUUCCUCCUAUGCCGUAACGUCCAACUUUCCAAUCGAAAGCACUGCUGCUAGUGUCAGGGUGUCAGUAUAACUGCGCGCGGCCCGAAGGAGAAACGCCGGGAUGAACUGGCUGCUGGUGCUGGGGGUGGCGCUGGCCUGCGCCGCGACGCCUUCCAAGAGCGCCGAGGAGCAGCAGCUUCUGGACGACGGCGAGCACUACAAGCCCGUGCCUCGAUUAUACGGCGACAGCAUUCCCAGGAGGGUCUUGGCUACCAGCGACAAGAAGGUUCAGAGAAAAAUCGUCCUUUAUCACAACUUCUUCCGCAGCCGCGUCGAGCCGCCGGCCGCCAACAUGCUCGUCAUGAAGUGGCACGCGGGGGCGGCGAGGGCGGCGCAGAGGUGGGCCGAGGCCUGCUACGCGCUGACGCACGACAACGCGACCGGGCUGCACACCGACGCCUUCGGCAGCUGCGGCCAGAACAUCUUCAUCUCGACGGCCCGAGUGCCCUGGUUCUUCGCCGUCAAGACGUGGUUCUCGGAGGAGCGGCUCUUCACCUACGGCUCCCCGGACAACGAGCUCGGCAGGGUCGGCCACUACACGCAGAUGGUCUGGGCGACGAGCCACCUCGUCGGCUGCGGCUGGGCCGAGUGCGACGGCAAGCGCGGCCCGCGCGGCGUCCCCUACUUCAGCUACGUCUGCAACUACUGCCCCGCCGGCAACCGGGAGGACGCGCUGGCCGAGCCGUACGCGAUGGGCGAGAGCUGCUCGGCCUGCGGCGGGCACUGCAGGCUCGGCAAGCUCUGCAAGAACGCCUGUCCCUGGGCGGACCUCUGGGCCAACUGCCAGCAGCUGCGGGCCACGUGGCCCGGCUGGCUCUGCGACACCGACACCGAGCAGGGCCGCGAGCGCAGGCAGUUCUGCCGGGCCACCUGCCGCUGCGACGGCAAGAUCAUCUGAGCGGCCGAGGAGCCGCGUGUCCCCGAUUUCCCAGGCCGGCCUCUCUCUCUCCCCCGCCCCCCGCCCCCCCGACUCGCGCCCCGGGCACAGAGAGAUCGCCGAUCGGCGUGCGCGCAUCCAUGCGUCAACCUUGUAUCGUUCGCAUCACUUCUAGAGACGAAUGAGCUGUAUAUAGAGUGAAUAAAUAAACCAGGCCGACAAUUACUCAUCCCCGGC